AUGGUCAACCCACAGCCUGUAUCCUCGGAAUCCCAUACGGAAUCCCAUACGCACGAGAGCAAGUCAACAUUUGUCCCUCUGUUCCUUUCCAACCGAUCGAUCACGGAACAGGCUCAUCCGCUAGAGGCUGAAUUCGAGUACCUUGGACCAGCCCAGAGGACAGGAACCGACCUCUCUGUCCUGUCAGAAGCUUCAGCCAUGCCUCAAGCACAAAGAACCCUCUUUGGGGAGCACCAGCCUUCCCAUUCGGACGUUUCCUCGUCAUUGUCAUCGUCGACCAAGACUACCAAGCCUCGCUCCAAAGCAACCCACUCCAAAGCGAAAACACGCCAGUCUCCAUCCCGUACAGCUUCGAGUCGUACAGUCUCAAGUUCACGCACCAAAUCUUCCUCCCGCCCACGCCGCAAAGUAAGCUACACCGUGCGCCUCCGCGUGGCUGUCGAGUCCAAACUUCGCCUCACCAUCGCCUUCGGCUUCGGCUCCUUCGCGUCCCUAAUUAUCUACAUCGCCCUCCUCGUCACCCACACCUCGAGCGGCAUUGCUUUUCAUGCCUUAUCUAUUCUGCUUCUCAUCUCUCUCCUGGGCGUGACCAUCCACUCUCUCGUCCGUUUCCUUGCCCUAAACUCCGAGCUCAAAGCCCACCGUCAGCACCGUGCUGGCCUCAAGAAAACACCCUCUGCCCGUGGUUGGAACAUAUCUCGGCCUCUCCCGCAGUUUAUUCAGUCGAGUACCCUCAACGAGAAAUCUGAGUACAUUGGCCAAGCCCACGGCGGCCACGAGAACGAUGAAUUUCCGGUCUUCGGUGGCGCAAACAACUACGGCACCGACUACAACCACAAUCCCUUCGGCGACGAGCAUGACAUCGAAGCCCAGCCCGCCAUGAUGGAGCGUCUUGCCCACCCGCCCCCUGUGUACGGCAACACGCGCACGUCUGUCCGUCUGUCCAUCAAUCCGGCCUCCCCAACCUACGCCCAGCAUCCCGGCGUCCACCCCGAUCCCAAUAUCACCGCCCCCGCGCCCACUCUUGCCCCCGGCAUGGUCGGCUGGCAUCCUGCGUCUUUCCGCUCCGAAGGCGGCAUCACCGCUGUAUUGGAGCGGCGGCGGAGGGAAGUGGAGGAGCGGCUGGGUGGCGGCGGAGAGGUAUUGGGCAACAGGAGGUAUGAGCCUCAGCCUGCGGGUGGUAUGAUUUAA